AUGGCCAAAAAGGUUCAACAGGUACCAUCUGCAGCUUACAUUGAAGACUAUGAUGACCAGACAGGCGACGUGGUUGACGGAACACGCCAAAGCGCAAACAUUGCUGCCAAGCGAUCCAAGUCCGACAUAAGACCUGGUGAAUUCGGACAUCUUGACUUUGCCAGUGCCAGUGACUCUGGCUAUUCCAGCCGUACUACGACAACUGGUGGCAGUGGACAAUCCCGUGCGAGUGGCAGACCUGAACCUGGAUCUUUGACGAUAAACACUUCAGCACAUUCUAGGGUGACUGGGCCACCGCCGCCGCCAUUACAACAAACCCGUGUCAAGGAAAGCCGAAAGGAAAAAGGAAAGCAACGUGAAGAGAAGAGAGCAUCCGCGGAUAUGAUCCAUAUGGAACGUCAACGACACGCCAAUGAUAUGGCAGCUCCUGUGAGGUCUCCUUCCAAAUCCAAUCGUCGGGAAAGCGCCUCUAUGCAACACCAACAGGAUAUAUAUUGGGGGUGUCUGAAUGGCUACCACAAUGUCCAUGGAAUGCACCCCCCACCUCCUAUGGAUCCCCGGGCGGCUUAUGCCUCCUCAUAUUACUACCAACAGGGUGCUCCUCCGGUGCAAAAUAUUCCACCUGCGUCUCCUCAGUCUACACAAUUUGGAUACCCAUAUGGCGCUGCUGAUGUCAUGAUUGCACAGUCUCGUCAACGACGACCCAGUCGCUCUUCUACUUACCACUCCGACAAUAGGCCUAUGAGUUUCCACGGUGGAAUGCAAGAACCUGUAUACAACCCAGGCGCUCUACCAAUGGGCCAAUACGAACGUACUCCAUCUGUUUACUCUGGGUAUUUUACCCAACCGCCCACCCCGCGUCAGCAAUAUUAUGCUGAACCAGAUUCUCCUUACCAAGCCAUAUAUGAACGGUCUUCCAUAUCCAGGCCAAGGGACCAAGCCCGGAGAGGCUCCAUUUACGGACGCGCAGCAGUGGACCAGAGCACACCAAAGGCCUCGUAUGAAGAAGGGUCGUUCCUAGAACGUCAAAUUUCCAGGGAACACCGUCCUCGCCGGAUGUCGCAAUCCCAGCGACGGCCGGAAACUUACGAUGAAGACGAGAGCUUCUAUCGUAUGCCACCUCCACCACCACCGAAGCCCAAGGUCGUCCAGCCCAAGGUUCAACCCAAGAUCAUCCACCAGAAGCGUCCUGACCUUACCCACAAGGCGGCAACCACUGGAAGUAUGCCACCUCCGACAAAUCGUCGUAUGUCUCAAUCACGAGACUCUUGGGAUAUGUCAGAGCUGAAGCAGGCUCUACCUCACCAGCAAAUUCGCAAGAUCUCUGCUGCUCCUGAACGUAGCCGAAGCAUGAGAACCAGAAGGACAUCAUACCAUGAAUCCGAAUCUGGUCGUCAGAUCGCUGUUGAAGAUUCUCGUCGUCGACGUACGCAGUAUCAUGAUGAAGAGCCUAGCAUUCGCGACGUUCCUGAAGUUCGCGAACGGCCGAUGGCUAUCUCAGAAAUGGAGCAGAAACAGCGCAACGCCGAAGAAUACCAAGCAUCUAAAUCUGGCAGGUCUGGGGUUUCUCGUGUCCCUCUGACAGAGGAUGCCUUACGAAUGAAGGCUAAAAUUGCCCAACGUGUCGAUAGUGACAGUGGUAGCCAAAAGACUCGAUCCAACAGCAGCCGAGGAAGCGACGCCCGUACACGGGAUGGUAGCGGAGUCGGUUCGAGGGUCGACGAUGAUGGCGGUUUCACUAUGACCAUGAAUGGGAUGACCAUUGGUUUCACUCAUGAGUCAGUUACUGGAAAGAGGAUUCACCUGAGAACAAACGAUCAUGGUUCCAUUGGCCUCAACAUCGAAGCAGCAGAAAGGAAAUUGAGGAUGGCCGGCGCGCCAGAGAAGACCGACGAUCUGAUCGUGCUUCUCGGCGAUCCAGCCGCUCGACCUACAGCGGUCGCUUUGAUUAAUUAUGCUCGCAACGUGGUUGUUGUUUAG